CAGAUAAGAGUCGUCAACUAGUACUGCUGGUCUUUGAACUUCAGCUGUUGAGUUAGAGAACACAUCAGUCACAGGGCCAUUAAAAGUUAAAAAAUUUACUUUCUCAGCUCUUUGACAGAAAUGGACCCUCAGGUGCCCAAAGACAAAUAUAAAGGCGUAUGGUUGAUUUUCUUCAUGUUAGGUUUAGGCACUUUGCUGCCAUGGAAUUUUUUCAUGACUGCCACGAUGUACUUCACUAGUCGUCUCGCAGAUCCACAACCACUGAAUGCAGAAAACUUUUCAGUCAAUCAAACAGGAGGAGAAACACGAAGUGUCUUACAAGCCAAGUUUAAUAAUGUCAUGACUUUAUGUGCUAUGUUGCCCCUGCUGGCGUUCUCCUGCCUAAACUCAGUUCUUCAUCAGAGAAUUCCUCAGAAGUUGAGAAUCGCGGGAAGUUUGACGGCGAUCCUUGUGCUGUUUUUAUUGACUGCAAUUCUGGUGAAAGUGGAAAUUGAACCGUUUCCCUUCUUCAGCAUCACCAUGAUCAAAAUUGUCUGCAUUAACUCGUUUGGAGCCAUCUUACAGGGAAGUCUGUUUGGUAUGGCCGGUCUCUUACCAGCUUCUUACACAACACCCAUCAUGAGCGGUCAGGGGCUCGCAGGAACAUUCGCUGCCUUCGCAAUGAUCUGUGCAAUCGCCAGUGGUUCAGCUCUGAAGGACAGUGCAUUUGGAUAUUUUAUCACAGCAUGUGUUGUAAUAGGCAUUGCAAUCGCAUCCUAUGUGGCCCUUCCUAAAUUGGCUUUCUUUCAAUACUAUCAGAGUAACCAACACAAACCUGCUGAAGAUGAGGAGAAUAAGAUGGGCUUAAUGAAGACAGAUGAGAACAAACCAGAAGACAAGACUACAGAAGAGACGAAACAAACUCCUUCAGUCCUGAACAUCUUUAAAAAGAUCUGGGUUAUGGCUCUUUCUGUGUGUUUUGCUUUCACAAUCACUAUUGGCACAUUUCCUGCAGUUACUGUGGAUGUUCAAUCUUUUGCCGGUGAUGGUGGAGCUUGGGGCAAGUAUUUUAUUCCUGUGUCCUGUUUUCUCUUCUUUAAUGUGUUUGACUGGGCGGGUCGCAGCCUUACAGCUGUCUGUAUGUGGCCUGGGAAAGACAGUAAGUUACUGCCGGGUCUUUUAUUGGCUCGUGUGAUAUUUGUACCUCUCUUCAUGCUGUGUAAUGUUCAGCCCCGACAUAAUCUACCCGUAUACUUCACACAUGACGGCUGGUUUAUCGCGUUCAUGAUACUCUUCGCUUUUUCCAACGGAUAUCUGGCCAGUCUCUGCAUGUGCUUCGGACCCAAGAAAGUGGAUCCGAGUGAAGCGGAGACCGCCGGAGCUAUCAUGGCUUUCUUUCUGUCCCUCGGCCUCGCUCUCGGAGCGUGUCUCUCCUUCUUGUUCAGAGGAAUCAUUUAAAGUCACAGUGGAAAUCUUUGGAGAUCUUAAGUGAGCAUUUUUACAUGAACAGAGAUUUAAGACAUUGCAGCUGUUUCAUUCAUCUGAAAAUGUGCUGAAGAUCCAGAAGAGAUUAAACUCAAAACUCAGCCAGAUGGGCUGUUUGAUUUAUAAUGAAGAUUACUGAAGAUCUCACUGGACGAGACCUGAUCUGUUGAUGCGGGAUAUUUUAAAUCUGCUUUCACCCCAAAAUAAACUCUCAUGUUAAUUUAGACGUGAUGAACUCUUUUCCUGGAUAAGCUCAGGUCAUGGUGACCAUACAGUAUCUACACUGAAAAUACCUUGAUUCCACAUGAUUCAAUUAAGUUUUCUUAAAAAAAUUUUUUUUAUUUAUUCUUCACGCCAUUCCAGCAUCUUUAGCUAUAUUCGUGGCAAGAACUGGUUAAUCUAUACACAAGUUGAUCCAUACACAGGUUAGAGGAGGGGCAAUUUGGUAUCUCCAAUUUAGUUAACUUGCCUGUUUUUGGCCUGUGGGGGGAAGCUGGAGGAAACCCACGCUGACACAGAGAAAACAUGCAAACCCCAAACAGAAAGGACACCUGACUUAGCCAGGGCUCGAUCCAGGGAAAAAUGAUUUAAAAACAAAAAGAAAACUUGUUGGAUCUACGUAAUUCAAUUAUGUACACCAGUUCAACAUGAUUGAAUCAAGUUUAUGUUAAUUUCAUUUUAAGAAAACUUAAUUCAAUCACGUGGAACCGGUUUCUACAAGUUUUUUUCAGUGUACCAAAGUCCAGAUCACCUGUUGUUGUUCUUUAAAGAGUUUAACAGACUGUGACGUGUAUACUGUACUGUAUAGAAAACAGUCACGUGAAAAUUAUUUAAAAUGUUUCAUACAUAACUUUAUAAAUGGAAAAGUAUGAACGAGUGAGCAUUUUUGGGUGAAAUAUUCAUUGAAUGCCUUUAUUUUUUUGUAUUAGUAUAUUAAAAUUAUUUUAAGAUAUUUUAUUUAAGAUGCAAGUUGCAGUUGUAUGUUUGUCUAAUAAUGUUUUAUUAUAAACUUGUUUAUUGUUUAUAUAAAGAAAUAGAUUGUACUAGUUUUUAUUAGAUAGACAUUUGUGUAUUUUAAACAGUUUAUAUUUUUAGAAAAAUUGCAUUAUAAUGUUAUAAGUUUAGAUAAAUUAACAGAAAGUUUUGAGGAAUCAUGCACACAAGUACAAAACUCUACCUCAUUCAGGUCACUGCCGUAUGUUUUUCUCUUGACUGUUUUACAACACUACACAUCUAUCUCAACCAACAAAUGAGACAAAUAUAAUAUCACCUAUAUGA